UACAUAUACCGUUGAGAGGAUAUAAAUGACAGUUUAUGUAUACAUACAAUACCGAAAAGAAAAACAUUCAAAUUUAAAAUUCUAUCCGUUAAAAUGGAAAAAAUUGAAAUUUUCAAAAAUCUUUUUAUCCAAUGUUGUGCUCAAAUGCAGAAAAACAGACAAUAUCUGCAAUAUAUUAAUUUAAAACAAAGGAAAUUUUUGUUCAAAAUUAUAAUUUUAAUAAAAAAAAAAAACGUUGCGAACAACAAAGCAGUUUAAAAGCGUCCAGGAGAAUAUGGAAAUUCGUAAGUACUGCAUUAUUUUGGUACUAUCCGGUUGAUACAUUCUAUCUCAUUUUCACAUAAAUAAUGCAGGAACGGCAAGGGAAAUUUUUUGAAUUGGAUAUACCCAGAUGCACAGACAGUUUUUUUAAAGAAAGCUUCCGGAUGAGUCGAGAAUGUUUUAGAAUCCUAUGUCAACGAGUAUGUUCCUUAGAAAAGCGGGACACUACUUUCAUGAAGUGCAUUCCAUUAGAAAAAAGGAACAAGAUAGAUGAAAAUGUCAAAGAAUUCGAAGCAAUGGGCUUUCCUCAAUGCUUUGGAGCCCUUGAUGGAUGCCAUAUUGAAGUCAAACCUCCAAAAAAUGAGGCAUAUGACCACUAUAACUAUAAAGGCUGGUACUCCAUGGUCCUGUUGGCUUUAGUGGACUAUAGGUAAUGGUCAACAAACACUAACCAACAUUUUUAUAAAUAGUCAUAUCCCUUAAUUUUAGGUU